AUGGUAUCACUAGCAUCUAAAAUUGAAUUUAAUGAAUUUUGUAAUUUAUUAGAAGAAAUUUUAUCAGCUUCACCUAAAAAUAAAGUUAAAAUCUUGACAGAUUUUUUGAAUAAAUGGCGGGAGGUUGGAAAAGAAUUAAAAAAUGAAAAUCCUGAUGCGGAUAUUUCGCUAUUCCCAAUAAUGAGAUUAUUAUUAUCAUCAAAAGACCAUGAACGCGGGCCGUAUGGUUUGAAAGAAAAAUCUUUGGGAAUUUUAUACGUCAGAGUUUUUUGUCUUGGUAAUUCUGAUGAUGCUAAACAAAUUAUCAAUUACAGGGAACCAACGGAACAAAAAACGCCAUCUGGCGGCGACUUGGCUGGAAAAAUCUAUUGGAUCUUAAAACGCCGUCAGACAAAAAACAUUUGCAAACUAUCAAUCGAGCAGAUAAAUUCCCUUCUUGAUAAAAUUGCAGAAAAAAAUCGGCAGAAUAAAAGCAAAGAUCCCGAGUUUUUUCGUAUGGCCCAACAAUGCAGCGCAUUGGAAAUAAAAUGGCUAACGCGAAUAAUUUUAAAGUCCAUCAGAAUAGGGAUAGGAGAAAAGCAGAUCUUAAACGCUUACCACCCAGACGCAGAAUCCCUCUUCGGCGAGCAAUCGAACCUCCGAGAGGUCUGCGACACUCUACAUAACCUAAAAUACCGUCCUAAAAAAACUUGCAACAUCAGCGUGCUCUCCCCCUUCAAACCGAUGCUCCUCGAGGGCUUUUAUAUCGAGCGUAUCUCCGAGCUUUUCACCACAACGCCAUCUUACAUAAUCCAGACAAAAUUCGAUGGCGAAAGGAGCCAACUGCACAUGUCUAACGGCAAGUUUAAGUACUACACUCGCCACGGCUACGACAUAACCAACCACCCAAGUUUCGGGGAUUCCCCACUUUCAGGUAACCUAACCUCCAAAAUUUCUUCCCUUCUAAACCCAGAAUGCCGCUCAAUAAUCCUCGACGGCGAGCUUAUGGGCUGGCACAAGGAAAAACUUUGUUUCGGUUCUAAAGGUAUGAACUUCGACGUUAAAAAACUAACCUCAAAAAGCGUCCAUCAGCCAUGUUUGAUGGCCUUCGACAUCAUUUUAUACAACGACAAGCUAUUGGUCGACUUACCUCUAAAAGAGCGAUUGAAAGUCUUAGAAAGCGCUUUUACGCCACAAGAUGGCGUCCUGAUGCGCAGUAACAACACUAUAGUGUCUUCCCCUGACCAAAUCCGGGAAAUUUUCAACCAGAGUCUUGAUAAUUACGACGAAGGGAUAGUUGUUAAAGAUUCUUUAGGAAUCUACAAGCCAAAUUCCCGCGAGGGUAACAAGUGCUAUAAAAUAAAAGCAGAGUACUCUGAUAAUUUAGUCGAAGACAUAGAUUUACUGAUAGUUGGAGGUUAUUAUGGACAAGGUAAGUACUCAGGAAUGUACAACAGCUUCCUGGUGGCGCUAGUAGUCCCGGGGCCUAGUGAAGAAACAAGGAAGUUCCAAUCCGUGGUUGGAGUUAGUUCUGGGAUUCCCCGGGAUAAACUUAGAGAUUUAAACGCUAGAUUUGCGGAAAGUUGGACUAAAGAGCGGCCAUCUUGUGUGGUAGGGCCCAGUAAGGACCCACCGGACUCAUGGCUGCCUCCAGAGAAGUCUACAGUGCUCCAGAUCAGAGCCAGUGAGUUGAUUAAAUGCAAAACUCAACCUACGGGGUAUACUUUGAGGUUUCCGAGGGUAAAGAAGGUUAGGGAAGACAAACCUUGGUACGACGCUUGCACAAUUACGGAAUUUAAUAACUUGAUAAAGCACCGCGGAGUGGUUAAUAAGCUGACCAAGAGGCAUGCUACUGAAGAAGAUGAAAAAUGUCUGCCCGCUAAGAGAAGAGAUACUGAAGCUAAGUUUAUUAAGAGUAUCAAGAUGGAUGAGAAACACUUUGGGGUUAGGGCGGCUGAUGUUCAGCGCAAGACCCGACUGAUGGAAGGGAAGGAGUUCUGUGUUAUCAACGGAGAUGGUAAGGUCAGUAAGGAAGACUUGGAACGGAUUUUACUGGAACAUUCGGCCAAGGUUGUUCAAAACCCGGGAAGAAAUACAUUUUGUGUCUUGAUAGGAGAUGAGAAGAUAUUGAAGGCAAGGAAUUUAAUUGAGUGCGCUAAGUAUGAUGUUGCGAAAAUUUCCUGGGUUAUUAGAGCGACUAAGGAAGAAAAUUGGGGAAGAUUAGUUGAGUUUCUUCCAUGGGAAAUGCUGGCGAUGCGCAAGGAGACUAGGGACAGAUUGAAGGUUAUGUUUGAUGAGUACUGGGACGGGUUUUUUGUUGAUGCGGAUCUGGAAAGUCUGAAGCGCUCUUUGGAAAGAGCGGAGGAUCUUGAGGAUUGUAGAGCGUUUGAAGAAGAAGACUAUAAAGAGUUGGAAGAAGAGUGCGGGGAUUUGCAGGUUAGGGUCUUUGAGAAUGUGGCCGGCCAUUUUGUUAAAGAUGACUGGUUGAAGAAACCUUUUGUGUUUUUGAGGGGGAAGAUUUGUGAGGAGAUUGAUGGAAGUACUACGCAUGUUUUUGUGGGCGGAAAUUGGGACAGAGAGAGUGUUUAUAGGAAAAUUAAUCAGUCCGGGAAAAAUUUUAUUAAGGUACUAGAUAAAAAGUGGGUUAGAGAGUGCCUGGACAGAGGGCGUUUGUUACCAGAAAAUGAUUAUAUUGUACAAUAA